AGGCGGCCUCUCCACCGCGUAAAAAGACUUCACCAUCUGUCUGGAGUAGAAAGCAGACUGCCAGCCCAUCCUCAAGUUUCACUACACGCUCGGACAUCACGCACAUACACACAAUGAGCUCUGUCUUUGAACUGAAAACACUUCAUUUAAUGCACCGGAUUUGAGCAGCCACGGAUUUUUGCUCCAUAUGAGGAAGAAAAUCUUGAAAGCACCUUGUCUCCUCUUGAGUCUGUUCACAAGUUUGAAUCUCUGCUCCGGAAAAUUUGGGACGCCGAUAACUGACGAUGUGAGCAAGCUGUCAUUAUUGAAGCAGAAUAUCCCGUCUGAUUAUGAGAUUCCUGUUAGUUACAUUCCCAAAGAAGUGGCUGGCACGUGCUGGGUGGUGUUAAAUAUCUAUCCUUUGGAGCAAAGUCUUCGGAAGCUGGCCAACAUGUUUGGUGCCAUCUCCUCCAACAAAGAAAACAUAAUUGUCUUCAUUGCGAUGCUGAAGAGUUUACGCUUCACCUUUAACCAUGAGGAACUGGAAACAGCGAUGCAAGUGUUUCAGUGUCACUAUCGGGAAGGGAGCUUAAUGUCUGGUCUUUAUUUUGACUACAUCAAAGAUGUCUUACAUGCAGCCUCUCAAGGAACAUCUGGCUUGUCAUGCAAGCCACCACCGUGCCUUAAUCCACAUCAAACACCAGGGGGUCAGAAGGAGGGUCGUGACAGCUGGUCCAAGAGAACUCCCUUGCUUCUGGCUCUCAUCCCCUUCACAGCUUGUGUUGUUAUCGUCGUGUGGCUGGUCAAGUCUGGGAGGUUUUUACCAGUGUGCAACGCUGAAAAUAGCCAAAUGGCACCUUCUAAUAUGAUCCCAACUGUGUCUAUCUCCAUCCCACUUCAAACACUCACCCACGCUGCUGACACUCAGCCAGUGGGGGAGAUUGUUCCUGAACAUGAGAGCGGAUGAAGCAUAAUUAAUAGAAAAGGGAAAUCUGGAC